AUGGAUGUAGUACCUGUGUUACGACCAACGCCAGGGCUAUCUAUUUGCCCACCUUCCUCCCUCCCCUGCAGUCUGCGCUCCUCAGACCACCGGCAGGUGAACAGCCUGAUGCAGACCGAGGAGGGCCCACCUAUGCUAGAGGCCACACAGCAGCAGCAGCAGCAGGUGGCAGCCUGUGAGGGCCGGGCCUUUGACAACGAGCAGGACGGCGUCACCUACAGCUACUCCUUCUUCCACUUCUGCCUGGUGCUGGCCUCACUGCACAUCAUGAUGACGCUCACCAACUGGUACAAGCCCGGCGAGACCCGGAAGAUGAUCAGCACGUGGACCGCCGUGUGGGUGAAGAUCUGUGCCAGCUGGGCGGGGCUGCUCCUCUACCUGUGGACCCUGGUAGCCCCACUCCUCCUGCGCAACCGCGACUUCAGUUGAGGCAGCCUCACAGCCUGCCACCUGAUGCCUCCUGCCACCUGGUGCCUCUCGGCUCAGUGACAGCCAACCUGCCCCCUCCCCGCACCAAUCAGCCAGGCUGAGCCCCCACUCCUGCCCCAGCUCCAGGACCUGCCCCUGAGCCGGGCCCUCUAUUAGUGCCUUCAGGGUUCGAGGAGCCCCAUCCCCCUGCCAUACCCACGCGGUGGAGCUGCCUCUUCCUUCCCCUCCCCACUGUUGCCCAUACUCAACAUCUCGGGAUGAAAGGGCUCCCUUGUCCUCAGGCUGCGUGGGAGCCGGGCUGCUGGAGACAGCCGCUCAGAGCCGCUGGAGGGCAGAGAGCUCCCACCACAGUGGGGCAUCCGGCACUGAGGCCAUGGUGUUCCUGGUCACAUCCCCCAGGGGACCCUGUCCCCUUCCUGGACUUCGUGCCUUACUGUGUCUCUAAGACUUUGUCUAAUAAACAAGCCAGUGCGUGUACCAUG